AUGGCCAUGCAAUAUCUUAACCAAAUCAAAAACUUACGGCGUUCGUCGCAAAUGAUCACCGCGCCCAAGCCUGUCCUGACGCCAGAAGAUGAAGCCUACCUACGCGAAGUCACCGCUCAGUCGGAAUCUGCGCCCAUUCCAACAGAGCAGAAUGAGCAAAUCCCAACAGGAAGUACUGCUGGGGUAUCUUUGCAGCCUGCGGUAAGCGAACAAGCUGAAAACAUACCUCUACCUACCUCGCCUGGGGAGGAAUUAGGAAAGGAGCUUGGUGAAGAGGGUAGGCAAGAACGCAACGGUUCCCAGCCAACAUUGACAAGAACCGAGACCCCAAAGCCUUCUCAGAAGAAGAAGCGGUGGAGUGCCAUGUUUUGGAAGAAAAACACGGAGAAGGAUAAAGACGCCCUCGAUGCAAACAAAUCGCAGAUCGAAACCGCGACUCCUCCAACCACAUCGGAUACGUCAACAGACGGGAAAGAUGUAGAUAAAGAUAAAGAUGCCGCGGAUAUGACAGAUAUUCUGGAGCGAUUGAACCUGGCAGCGGAUAACAACCGUGUGUUUUCGAUCAGUGAGGAAACACAAGAACUUUUACGAAAGUUCAAGCUCAUUUUCAAGGAUCUGGUCAACGGAGUCCCAACUGCCUAUAAUGACUUGGAGAUGCUGCUUACCAACGGCAAUCGCCAACUACAAGAAACCUAUACGAAGCUGCCUGGUCCUAUGCAAAAGCUGAUCGAGAAACUUCCUGAGCGUUGGACCGAGACCUUGGCUCCGGAGAUGCUGGCGGUUGCUGCCGACCGUGCUAGCAAGAGCGGCGUCAACAUGGAGAAUGUAGGCAAGGCCGCUGCAGCUGCAGAGAAGAUGGGAAUCAAUAUGCCAAGUCUAAAGGAACUUGUAUCGAAGCCAGCCGCUCUCGUAGGAAUGCUGCGAUCCAUCAUGGCAUUUCUGCGAGCUCGAUUCCCUGCUGUUAUGGGCAUGAAUGUGCUCUGGUCCUUGGCAUUGUUCAUACUUUUAUUUGUGUUGUGGUACUGCCAUAAACGUGGACGCGAAGUCCGUUUGGAGAAUGAGUGUCUGGUGACGGAAGAAGAGAUCACCAUGCUCAACCAAAAUACGUCCGAAGGUCUAAUUCGCCCUACUGAAACUUUGACGACCACCGCGCCAUUGGGUGCUUCGUCCGAUGAGAUACGUGAAGGUGUGAAAAAGGUAGAGGAGGCCCGCGCCUCUCCUGCCCAAUCCGCCGUUCCUACCAAAGUGGAGACCAAAAACCAACAAAGCACUCCACAAAGUACCCGGCCAGCGGCUGUUCCUUCCCGAUCGAAAUCACGUUUGUCUAUGUUCGGUCGGGCCAAAACAGAGCCUCUGCCUAAUAAUGUCACACCUUAUCCUGGCACUUGA